GCCCAAUCAUUUGAGCAACUAGCUUCCUACGCCACAGCCCGGCGUGCUCCAAGUCUCAGCUUCACCACCGACAUUCUUAUUAACUUGAGCCCCGACAUCCGAAUCACUCUCUGAGUUGCCCCUCCAGGGCUAUUAGAUCGAAGUUAGAUCUACCCGAAGUCACCAUGUCCCAGAAGCCGACAUACUUCCUAACCCCACCACGUCCCUACCCGCCCACCGGGCCUAUCCGUCUUGGCGCCAUCAUAAAAUCGGCCACCAUCCCUGAUGAGCCUCUCUGUCUCCCUGCUCUUCCUUCCACCAAUGACGUCAGCGCUUUUACAGAAAAGAACUGGAGCGGUUCUCAUAUGCGCAAGUCGUCUUCGCGCUUUGGAGUCUGGACUUCUUUCCUACAGAUGAUCUUCAGCAUCGGCGGUGGUAUUUCUGUUCACGCGGAGAAGGAAGUCAAGCAGCACUGGGAAGUCGGAACGAUGACUACGAUGACGUUCGUGCCAAGUGAGAAGUGGUUGGAAGAUGUAGUGAGGAGCGACGAAGUUAGGGGGUAUCUUCUCGGCAACCGGUGGAGAGAGAAAGUGUACUUGAUCACCGGCGUCAUGAUCGCUUCGUCCUCGCAAUCCUUCCGUGCAACACUGGAAGAGAAGGGGCUCCACAUCAACGUCGGCGUCGACGCAACGGCCUGGACCGGCGUGCCCGUCUCAGUCGGCCCAGAGGGGAAGUGGAAAAGGAAAGAAGUGGCGAAGACGCAGAGCGAGACGGAAGAGAAGUUCGUGUUUGCGUUUAGGGUUAGAGAAAUUAGGGUGAAGAGGAAGGGUGGUGUGAAGAAUCAUAGGCUGUAUGACAAGGGGGCGCUGUUUAAUGCGGAGAAGAGGAGGGACGAGGUAGGUAGGGACGAAGAGGAUGUGGAGGUUGAGGGGCUGGGGGAGGAGGCCGAGGGGGCGGAGUUCGGGCUUGAGAUGAAGGGGGUGAGGCAGGCUUUGGGGGAUGAGGAGGGCGAGGAGGAGUGCGUAUGCGUUAUGCCAGAGGAGCAGUAGGGAAGAAGCACCCCCUUCCGUAUCUUCGACGAAGAGCACAGUCACGUAGUGUUCCUCGUAUUGAAUGCAAAUGAGCAACAAGAAAGACGAAAUAGGCGCGAUAUCAGACGAGGGGUCCACGGGUGAAUGCUAAGGCCGAUACGGCUAACCGAAAAUGAUCUAGCCUGCUUACCCCUGUCUGCGCAAUGCGCCAGAGCGCGGAGUUGCCCAGGA